AUCGUGGUCGUGGCAGGUCACGUGGUUUUGUUUCGUCAUUCUGUUCAGACUCACGGUAGCAUGCAAGCAUACAAGGAAUCGACAGUUUUUGUUGAACCGUUUCAGUGAACGUUGUAUCUAUGAAUUUUUAUCAAUUUUGAAAUAAUUAGAAAUUUUUCUUCGCAAUUUACAAUAAUGUUUCGAUUACUACAAUCGAAUCAAACGAAAUUUAUUAUCGAAUGAUUGUGAUUGUGAAAUACGCAGUGUGUUCACGUGAUUGAAUAAUUCUGGCAAAAAAAAAAAAACAAAUAGUGACAACGAAUGAUUGCAACGAAUAAUCCUUCACAUUGAAUUUGCGUACGUUAUUCCAUAUCGAACUUUACAAAAUGUUCAACUUUAUAAAAUCCUCGUUUCGAUGUUGGAUCAUUUUUGGAAUUGUUAUCGCGACAUGUUAUGCGGAAAUUCGAUGUCCAACGGAGCAAAAUUGCAACUGUUAUCUAAGUCCUGAAGGAGUUUUUGAGAUACAAUGUCCAACGGAUAAUUAUUCUGCCUUCACUGUGAAAGUCAAAUCGCACGAACGUAUUGGGAUUGAAUGUGUAAAUUUUCCAAAAUGGAUUGAUUUUCCAACGAAUGUGUUACCACCUGAAAAUGUAACUCUAUUGUACUUCAAGAUGUGCGAAUUACCAAUAAACCAGAGUUUAAGUGAGAUCUCGUACAAACUUGGUGCUCAAAAUGUAGAAAAGCUGAUAUUCCAUUCAUAUGGCAAAAUUUCUGUUCUGAAUAGGAAACAUUUACAAGGUUUCCCAAAUUUGGAAUAUCUGAGCUUGACGUGUAACAAUUUGACCAAUUUUAGCAAUGAUACUUUCGCCGAUGUACCACGACUCAAGAAUCUCAAUUUACGCCAAAACAAUAUUUAUUCAUUAUCUGGAAUUUUCAAUUACAUACCCUAUUUAGAGAUACUUGAACUUGGUGAUAACAAACUGAAGGAAAUAGAUGCGAACACAUUCGAACCAUUAAAAGCACUGAAAAUGUUAAAUAUGUGGGGGAAUAAGUUCACAGAAUUCAAAUCGAAUAUAUUCGAUAAACUUGUGUCAUUGAAUUCCUUGGAUAUAAGCAGCAAUUAUUUAAAUAUUUUGCCCAAUGAUAUUUUCGCGAAAUUGGUAAAUUUGGAAUUGUUAAAUUUGGCUUGGAAUAAUUUUUCCUCGUUACCAGAAGGUCUAUUGCAGCACAAUGUUAAAUUAAACAAAGUACAAUUAUAUAAUAAUAGAAUAAGCAUGGAGACAUUACCGAAUGGAUUGUUUGCGAAUUUGAAAAACCUCAAAGAGAUAGAGUUAAAAAAUAAUGGUUUGAUAAAAUUGCCUGAUCUUCUAUUUCAUGAUUCCAUAUCACUUGAGAUCAUCGAUUUGUCUUCCAAUAAUCUUGAGUCUCUUCCUGAAUAUCUUUUUACGAAUUUGAUCAAUUUAACGAAAUUAACACUCAAUCGCAACAAAUUGAUAUCAUUACCAAAUAAAAUCUUCUCACAAUUGAAGAAAUUGAUUACGUUAGAUUUAUCUUCGAAUAAUCUUACUUCAAUAUCUCGAUCUCUUUUUAAUGAUUUAAUAUCACUUCAAAAUUUAAAUAUGGAAAAGAAUCAAUUAAAGAUCAUAGAAGAAACAAGUUUCAAUUUCUUGACCAAACUACGCAUUGCAAAAUUUUCUGACAAUCAACUUACAUUUAAUACUUCGAUAAAUAGUUAUAUAGAUGAAUAUGGAAGGAGAUCACCUUUUCAAAGUUGUUCAUCUCUAGAAGAAUUGUAUCUGGACAAAAAUAAUAUUUCGGACAUUUUUGGUGAUUGGCUCGUAACUCAUGUAAAGCUGAAGAAAUUAAAUCUUCAGUUUAAUCAGAUAUCAGAAAUAUCAGUAAGAUAAUAAAAAUAUUA